CCGUGCCUGUGUGACCCAGUGCGAGGCCUGAAGUCCUCGGGAGCAAUCUGGGAAUAAGAGUUAAUUCUGUUCUAGAACCAGCAGAGGCCGCCCCACAUUCCCUUCUAAAAAGAAAGCCAUCCUGGUUCGCAAAAUUCCUGGGGAUUUAACCCGCACAUGCACUCUUGGGUUGGAAGUUUUACUUUGAAGUCUGAGAAUGGACUUGAACAUUAAUAGUACAGUGUGUGAGUGCUUACUAGUUUUACUUUACUGUAGUAACUGUGUUUUUUUUAACAUCCUCUUUGAAGCCAAUAUGUCCCGAGAGACUGAAAGUGAAGUACAGCAGACUCAAGUUACCCAGUCGUCACAGAGUUCUUCUUCCAGUGGGUCACAGAGUACUAGUCAGUCUUCCUCAAGUUCUGGGACCCUCAGUUCUUUGGACACUGUUCCCACUCAGGAGCUUCCAUCGAUCCCUGAGGACCAGGAACCGGAAGAGCUGGUUCCUCAGCCGUGGGGUCGACUCUUUGCACUUGCAGCAGGUUUCAGCAAUUGUGACUGUGUGAAUGAGGAAUACUGGUUUGGGAGAGACAAAAGCUGUGAUUACAGUUUUUCUAAGCUAGGAUUGUAUGAGACUGGCUUCUAUGAAAACUAUAGCAAGAAGCAUUUCCGAAUUUUCAGGGAAAUGGGUCCCAAAAAUUCCUAUGUUGCCUAUAUUGAAGACCAUAGUGCAAAUGGAACAUUUGUGAAUAAAGAGCUUGUUGGAAAAGGGAAGAGGCUUCCACUGAUUCACAACUCCGAAAUUGCACUGUCUCUACAGACCAAUAAGGUGUUUGUGUUUUCUGAUCUUACGGUGGAUGAUCAGAUGACGUUUCCUAGAGAAUUGAGAGAGAAAUAUAUCAUGUCAAAGACUUUGGGAAGUGGCGCCUGUGGAGAAGUCAAACUGGCAUUUGAGAAGAGCACUUGUAACAAAGUGGCCGUGAAGAUCAUCAAUAAACGGAAGUUUGCGGCAAGUGGCCUGAGAGAGGCAAACCCAGCUUUUAAUAUCGAUACAGAAAUUGAAAUUUUGAAGAAAAUAGAUCACCCUUGCCUAAUCAAGAUCAAAAACUUUUUUGAAGCAGAGGAUUACUACAUUGUUUUGGAACUGAUGGAAGGAGGAGAAUUGUAUGACAGAGUGUCAAGGCCAGUCAAGAUGAAAGAAGCUACCUGCAAGUUGUAUUUUUAUCAGAUGCUGCUGGCAGUAAAGUAUCUUCAUGACAAUGGAAUUAUACACCGAGACCUAAAGCCAGAAAAUGUGCUACUUUCAUCUUCUGAAGAGACGUGUCUUAUAAAGAUUACAGAUUUUGGACAAUCCAAGAUUCUUGGAGAAGCUUCUCUUAUGAAAACAUUAUGUGGUACUCCCAUGUAUCUUGCUCCUGAGGUUCUAAAUUCACUUGGGACUGCUGGAUACAGCCGAGCUGUGGACUGCUGGAGUUUAGGAGUUAUUCUUUUUGUAUGCUUGUGUGGAUAUCCACCAUUCAGUGAGCAAAAUACUCAACUCUCUCUGGAAGAACAAAUCACUCGUGGAAAAUACACGUUCAUUGCAAGAGAAUGGAAGCACGUGUCAGACACGGCUGGUCUACAGACUUUGCCUUGCCUAAACAUUCUUCAAGUGUUGAGCCAAAAAUGCCAGGAAUUUAAGGAAUAUGAGUUAGAACUCCAAAAAACCAAAUGUUCCAAGAGAAUCAUUUCAUGGUGCUAGACUUGUAGCUGAAAGUGUCAAUCACAUUUGUGGAAUCAGCUAUUAUGUUUGGCCCACUAUAAGCUAAGUAGUCUGCAAAAUGGAGUUUCUGCAUAGUAAACUGCAAUGAUAGCUACUGUUUUCAUGCUUUUAUUUUUUUCAGGACACUUUAUAUUCACAAAGUAAUUGUAGUAUUUGCCUUGGAUACUCCUUUAUAUGUGCAGAGAAAUUUCUAAUAAGUGAUGCUGUCACUCUGUGCCUAAUAAACUUACCAAAUAUAACUCCUUCCUGAAUAAUUUGAAGCUUAUUCAAUAGUAAGUCAGACAUGUAUGAGAACAGAAAUUAUUUAAAGGUUGUACAUAGUCCUACUGGUAUGUAUUUAGAAUAAUCAGAAUGAAAAGUAAAUCUUGCCAAAAUUCCCUUAUGGGAGAUUUGGAAUAAUAAAAUAUGACAUAAAUGCCGCAUUUUCAGUGUGCCUAAUAAGCAGGUUCCUAAGAAAAUGAAGUUUAUGUUGAGCAUACAUGUGUCUGUCUCUUCUUUCCCACCUUCCUAGAUGGACAAUCUGCUUUCCAAGACACAGUAAACCAGGAUAUUAAAUUAAGCUGUCUUUGCUUUUCCACAGUAAUACUGAAGCUUUUAGG